AUGGCGCUGGACAACACUUCAUUUGACUUAACCAGUCACCUCAAACAGCUCUAUGCUGCCUAUCGACACACCAAAGAUAUAAGCCUGAAAGGCAAUUUCUUUUCUCCUACAUGCUCCCAGGUGUGCCGGCCAAAGCCAUCAUUCGCAGCGCGCAAUAGAGAGACCAUUGUGGGAUAUCUCCAUGCGUCCGCAGACAAAGGCACUAGCCUUUCGUCAUCAAGUACUGAAGUAGGAGACAAACCGUCGAAGAAGGGUUACUACACGAUUCGACCGCUGCGAGAAGAUGAGUUCGAGUUUGGGACUGAUGAGCACGUUGCGCCAGCUGGCUUUGCAACAGUAGGUGAGCUGAAGCAAAAGGCAAAAGCCGAGGGGUGGGUGGGCAUGAGAGUUGAUCUGUGGGAUGAAGAGGAGGGAAAAGAGGGUUUCGAAGGGACUCUAUUAGUCAAGGUGCAGUAUUGGUGGAGGAAAGAGGAAGAUGGCUGGAUCCAGAUUCUGCACGAUAUCAUGUACCUGGGGCCGAGAGAUGGGACCGAGGGCAGUGAGGGGGAGGUGCUUGAGUGA